GAAGUGGACAACAGUCAGUGACAGGAGUUGAAGCUUCAGAUGAUGCUAACAGUUACUGGCGGAUUCGUGGGAGGAGUGAUGGCAGCUGCCAGCGUGGGACACCGGUGAAAUGUGGGCAAGCUGUACGACUUACCCAUGUCAACACAGGAAAAAAUUUACACACUCAUCACUUCCCGUCACCACUCUCCAAUAACCAAGAAGUGAGUGCCUUUGGUGAUGAUGGUGAAGGAGAUGACCUCGAUAUAUGGAUUGUGCAAUGCAGUGGGACUUACUGGGAGCGGGAGGAUGCAGUGCGCUUCAAACACGUGGGAACUGAGGUGUUCCUUUCAAUAACAGGGGAACAGUAUGGCCAUCCCAUUAGAGGCCAACGGGAAGUUCAUGGCAUGUCUACUGCUAGUCAUCACAACUACUGGAAAGCAAUGGAGGGUGUCUUCAUCAAACCCAGUAUGGACCCUGCAAAACAUGAUGAGCUCUGAAUUGACAGAGGUUCCAAAAUGCUUCAGCUGGCUCCAACGUUCGGAGAUGCUAAUGGUCUCUUAUAAGUCCUGCCUUGCCUAAGUGACUGACUUUCUGUGUUACUGAAGGGCAUUAGUUCAUUCUAGGAAUGCAGCAGUUCUGUGGGGAAUGGUGUCUGCCAGGCUCAGCCGUUGAAAUCUAUUUGGCAAAAUCCAUCCUGAAUUUUCAAGCUUAAUUGGCGAAACUAGUUCAUACAUCUGUUAGUUUUUGUUGUCAUUUGUUUUGCUUGUUACUUUUUCUUGAAUUAGAAGGAAAUGGAAAAACUGAAGUAAUACAUUUCUGUAGUCCCAAGUACAAUAAAACUUCGUUUUUUGUAAUCUUUUUCCAGUUGUAAUUAAAUAUUUGGAAACUGA